UAAGAUUAUGGCCCUCUCUCUCCCUCACUGUCUGGGCAUGCGUCUCAAAUAAGACUAAAUUAUUAGUUUUGAAACAGUUGUAGUUUCUUUGAAUUUGUUCUAAAUAAGAACUAAUUUAUAUGUUGUAGCUAAUGAAAAAAAAAAAAAAACAUUAUAGAAUAAUCAAUCCAAAUAAAGCGAAAAUUUAUAGGAAAGACGAGCUUGAGAAUAGCAGACGAUAUUCUUCAAUUUCAGUUUUUUAAUUGACUCAGCAAGGAAACAAAACAAAUACGGCGGUUAUGUAAAUGGAGAGACAAGUCUCUGGAAAUGGCUGCGUUGAUUCUCUCAUCGAUUUGAUGGAUCCCCUCGUCACGGACACAGUGAAGAUAGACGUCCGGGUGGACAAAUUAUCCUACAGCGUGCCCGAAAAGUCUGCAAGUUGGUGGAGGACGGUCAGCAAUCUCCAGAUGCCCUGGGAAGUCAAGGACAAAGGAAACAGUUUACAAGUCUUGAAAGACAUCAGUUUCACCGCCAAAAGUGGACAACUGAUGGCAAUCAUGGGAGGAUCAGGUAGUGGAAAGACGUCCCUCCUGGACAUACUGACAUGUCGCACGUCUUCUGGUGUUACCACCGGUCAAGUGUAUCUCAAUUCUGAGGUCAGAACCAAGUCAGUCUUAGACUCAUGUGCUGGUUAUGUCCGGCAGGAUGAUCGGCUUAUUGCAUCACUGACCGUCCGGGAAACCCUGAUGUUUGUUGCCCAGCUCAAGUUGCCCCGGACAUUCAGCGAGGAAAAGAUCAAAGAGAGAGUUGACCUAGUCAUUGCCGAGCUCGGUCUCACCCAAGCCGCGGACACUAAAGUUGGCAAUGACUCCAUUCGUGGCCUGUCCGGGGGAGAGAGGCGGAGAGUGAGCAUUGGAAUCCAGCUCCUUAUCCUGCCAAGUAUCCUAGUUCUGGAUGAACCAACGUCAGGCCUGGACUCGUACACUGCCAACAGUAUAGUCAAGACUCUUUCCAUGUUGGCAUCAAAACAAAGAACAAUUAUUAUGUCCAUCCACCAACCCAGGUUUGAUAUCUUCACUACAGUGGACGCCAUGAUGCUAUUGUCCAAAGGAAGCAUUGUCUUCAAUGGUCCAGCUAAAGAGAUGGUCAACUAUUUCACAAGUCUGGGCUACCCGUGUCCAGAGCACAUGAAUCCAUGCGACUAUUAUAUUGAUCUGACUGCAGUGGACAACACCUCGCCUGAGAGAGAACACAGAAGCUUGGCACUAAUUCAAAUGUUACUCGAAGCCUACAAGUCCAAACAAGAUGACGUAAUGGUCGUUAACCUUGAGACACAGGAAGUCGCCGGAGCAGAAGAUGAAAUUUGUCUCGAGCAAACGUCCCUUGAUGACGAGUCAGUACAGCGAGUACUACCGUCACGUGAGAAACAAAGUGCUCACCCAGGGAUUGUUACACAAUGUCACGUUCUUCUGAGGUAA